UAUAACUGCCACUGAAGCGUGCUAUUGAUUUAUGACCACAAAUAAAUCUCCAGCAGGUCCUGAGGGCUGGCCCACACUCAGCACCCGCCCACCGGCACGCGCGGCAGUGCGUGAUACCCUUCCCCAUCCCGUUUCUGAGGCUCGCGGAGCCUCUUCGCUCCUUACUGACAAGCACCGUGGUGGCGUGCGGCGUGGGACAAGGCACCGCGUAAGGUGUGAUUACCGAGAAGAUGAAGAGCUUCUGAGCAAGCUGUCAGUGAGAGGCCUGUGCCAGGACUGGAGGAAGGCACUCCGUCAUCUUCCUGUAUCUGAUGCUGGAGGGUGAUGCACACAGUGAGUUAAAUGUAUGGACUCAGAACAGUUCCCGGUGCUUGGCUGGUUCACAGCAGUCACUGCAGAUGCACCUUGAAGACAUAAGGUUCCAGACCCAAGUCAUGAUCCUGCGAGUCAUCUCCCUGGCUGCCCUUCUGAGCCCCCAUGGAACUGGGGCCAUCAAGGUGGGCCACGUGUCAACGUAUGUCCAGUUUGUCCAGACACACAGACCCUCUGGAGAGUACAUGUUUGAGUUUGAUGAGGAUGAGCAGUUCUAUGUGGAUCUGGAUAAGAAGGAGACCAUCUGGCAUCUUCCAGAGUUUAUUCAUGCCUUCAACUUUGAUGCUUGGAGGGGUAUUGCUGACAUUGUCACAGCAAAGAAGAACCUGAACACUCUGAUCCAACGGUCCAACCACACCAGGGCCACAAAUGAGCCACCUGAGGUGGCCGUGUUUCCCAAGGAACCUGUGGAGCUUGGACAGCCCAACACCCUCAUCUGUCAUGUGGACAAGUUCUUCCCAUCUGUGCUCAAUGUCACAUGGCUGUGCAAUGGGCAGACGGUCACCAGUGUGGCUGAGAGCAUCUUCCUGCCUAGCACAGAAUUCAGGUUCCACAAGUUCCACUACCUGACCUUCAUUCCCACGGCUGAAGAUGUCUAUGACUGCAAGGUGGAGCACAGGGGCCUGGACCAGCCGCUCCUUCAGCACUGGGAGGCCCAGGAGCCUAUUGAGGUGCCUGAGACAAUGGAGACUGUGGUCUGUGCCCUGGGCCUGGUGGUGGGCGUGGCAGGCAUCAUCACUGGCACCAUCAUCCUGAAGACCAGGAGGCCCGACAACAUCCCUGGGUGCAGGGGCCCCUGUGAGUUAUCCCAGAGCUGGGGGUACUAGGGACACAGUGCAAAAGAGGAGGCAACAUGGUAUGGGUAGUGGGCGGGAAGGAGAAACACUUCAACAGGGGUUCUUUGAGAACUUUGCAUUUCAGAAUCACUGACCUAGAUUAAAAUAAUACAAUGAUAAAGAAUAUUAGUUGAGUUGCUUACUAUUUACUAAGCUCUAUUCUAUAGGCUUCUUAUGUACUCAUUUAUGUUUGGAGGUUGAUACCAUUAUUUCCCCAUCAUACAGAGUGGGAAGCAGACAUGAGGAGGGUGAAGGAAUCUGUCCAAGGUCACACAGCUUGAAAGGUACAGAGUCUGGUUUUGGACUCGGGCAUUGGGGUUCCAGAGCUCCGUCUUCUGCAAUAUGUAGAUUAUAUCAUCUACGGCCAUUUUCUCUCUCCCUUACAAUCUUCAUAGCCUUGAUUUUCUUUUGUUGUCGUAGUGAUGUCUAGAACCUUCAAUACUAUGUUAAACAUUUGUAAUAAUAAAGGAUAUCCUACCUUUUGCAUAA